GCCACAGACAUACACUGAAAAUGCAACACGCGUGACAGACAGCGCCACAGCUGUGGUCUGAAAGGCAAUAACACGCUGGUUAUAACGCGACGGUUCGAGAAUAAGGUAAUCUCCAAGCUCCUAACACUGCCGCAUCCUGUUUCUGGUUUGUGUCGUUGGGGGGGCACCUGGUUGGCUCCAAACAUCACGGUGUCAGAUAGUAGAUGCGAGAAUGUGGCGGCAGCGUCGAUGUAUGGAGCAAUCGCACAGCCAAUAUCGGCAAUGUGAUGUGGAGUUCAGCUCAGCGAAUCUUCAGCAGACGAUAAUUGCCAGCGAGGCUCUUGCUUUGGAAUAUGGAAUAUUUCCCGCUGUGUCCAGAUGGUGAACGCACUUAGAGGUGAUAUAGUGAUCGUCGGUGUUAAGGAAACCCUUCUAUGAUUCACGACGACGUUCAACAUCAUUUACCAGAUUAAAAGAGCGACAAUUUAUGUAACUAUUUAUACAUGUUGGUUUUUCACGUGUACACACGUGGCCAACAACAAACAUUAGAUACUUCUUGAACAUUUCAGAGAGCAGUUCAUGCAUCUGGUGGAUGAGUUUUAGCUUGUUAAACUCUGUUCUUUCUCAACUUUGGACUAGGAAGUGGGAAUAACGGUUUGAUGAAGUUAGCACUAGGGCGUUUCUUCACGACAGUUUUAUGUUCUGUAAAGACACCUCGAGGAUCUGAGAAAUAUCGUUGUUGGACAAAUUAACCUACUGAUUGAAGAAGAAUUCGAAAAUGGAUGGUUCCAUGGUGUGUUGGAUUUACCUGUUAUGGUCGGUCGGUGGAUAUGUUGGAAAUUCUCAACAGAUCACGUUGCUAGAGAAGUUCAAGCAGCAGCAGGUGCUCAAGAAGGCCUAUCUUCAGUGUCAGGAGCGUCAUAACUCUACACUCUCUACACUUACAGGUCUCUACUGCAACAGAACAUGGGACAACGUAACCUGCUGGGACGACGCCCCCGCCGGCGAAGUCAUUCACCAACCCUGCCCGUCGUAUAUCAACGGCUUCGAUCAAGGAGAGUUUGCCACGAAGGAGUGUCUGGCUGAUGGCACGUGGUCUGGAUACAACGGGAGCAGCAAGCCAUGGACCAACUACAGCACCUGCAGCAAGGGGACGCUACAACCUCUGGACCAUCUUAUCACGGAACACGUGCCGCGCGUGAAACUCAUGUACACGAUUGGCUACUCUGUGUCCCUGACGUUCCUGAUUCUCGCCGUCGCCAUAAUGGUGUAUUUCAAACGCCUCCAUUGCCCGAGGAAUAUGAUCCAUCUGAACUUGUUUCUGGCUGUGCUCGUGCGAGCUGGUAUAUCUCUGAUGAAGGGCGUGCUGCUCGUGAAUGACGUCGGAUUUCCUGGCGACGUCACUGUAACGCCGACAGGACAAACCAUCUUCCUAGAAGGACCGCACUGGGAGUGCCGUCUGUUCUUCACUCUGUUUAACUACGCUAUCAUGACGAACCUGUUCUGGAUUUUCAACGAAGGUCUAUAUCUUCAGCUGAUUCUUUCAAUAUCCGUGUUCGCAGAAAAAACAAAAUUGCGAUGGUUCGUGUUGCUUGGCUGGGGCAUGCCGAUAUUAUUCGUCAUUCCUUGGGCGAUGGUCCGAUUAUAUCUCGACAAUACGAUGUGCUGGAACGUACACCAGACACACCCCAAACUGUACUGGAUCAUUAAGGGGCCAAUGGCAGUGUCAGUUGUUAUUAACUUUAUAUUUUUUAUCAACAUCGUCCGGUUAUUGUUUACAAAACUCUCCGCGUCAAACUGCCACGAGUCUCGAACAUUUCGAUACAGACGCCUGGCCAAGUCCAUAGUCAUCUUGAUCCCCCUGUUUGCCGUGUACUACAUGGGAUUCAUCUGGCUCCCCGAGGAUCUUGGCACAACCGGCAUAAUCAUCAAGCUGUACAUUGAGAUCGGUUUUAACUCCUUCCAGGGUUUUUUCGUGGCCAUGCUAUUUUGUUUUCUGAAUACUGAGGUUCAAACUGAAAUCAAGAAGAAAUGGCAGCGACAGGUCCUCCGCCGUGCGAGUAGUAUCGCCGGCCGGUCGGCGGCAUCAAUGCACCACAGGAGCACCAGGUACCACGAUUCAUCCAUGAUGAAGUCAGCAGCUGAUUCCACGGCGGAUGCCACCACAGUAGGGGAACAAAAUGGACAUCUAACCCCGAUAUCCGAGGAAAAAGUGCCUUUACAGAAAUCUGCUGAUUGUAACGCCAAUAAAACCGGAAGUACGCUGCAAAACGGCGACAAUCAUGCGCAGUGUGAACCCAUGAUGGAUAAUGACAGUAUUGUUUGAAAUGCCCGGGAGACGACGAUGCUUCUACCUUAGGAUACGGAACAUCCAAAAGAGACCGUUACGUUAGAUAGUCAUCGUAAGAGAAUGUGUCCCGAAAACAGCUUUCUGAUCAACAAGUUCCGUUGUUGAAAACGUAUGUCAAGUCUAAAGUGAUGCUAAAGUGGACAUUCGUAUAUGCCUUAGAAACGUUUACAAUUUGCCAUUGGCAAUUCAAGGGUCAUUACAUUAGAAAUGUGAGUGAACGUACUUUGAACAUUAUAUGAACUGAUCUGUGAGAUGUGACGUCAGUCAAUACGAUGUGCCCAUCGUGCGUCUUGAGUUGAUAGACUCGAGUGUUGUGGUGGUGCCCAGUGGAUGGUUGGGUCGCUGUUAUUUACAUAAGACAUUGUCCAGUCAGGGUGUCCAUAUAAGAAGUUCGAUGUUGUCUAAACGGGUACAGCCACUGCCCAACAUGAAGUGGUUGGAGCGGUUGGGACGUGUCAAACAGAAGGUUGGUCCAUCCGCAACAUGGUAAAAUCGCAGGUGGCGUCGUAUGAAUGGUAUGCUUGCACAGUCGACUGAAAAACGGAUUACGUUGGAUAUUUCUCACAGUCAUAUAUAUAAGAAACGUUUAAGCCUUACAAUUCAAACUUCAAUAGACCUAUAACACGCACAAGUGUUUAUAAAACAUAUUCAAGACGUGUUUCAGAAGGAUUGUUUGAAGACGGCACAGGAGGAAAUGAGACACUUAUACGGACUAGACGUCUUGGAAACCUAGUUGAUUAAACGGAGUUUGAUUUAUGUGUGCUUAGAGAUACAUAUAAUUGUCGGUUCUAGGUCAUCAUCCUCGAGGGGAGGUGGGUAAGGCUUGUGGCUCGCGCUGAAGACCCGGGUUUGAAAACCCACUUGGGUACAAUGUGUGAAGCCCAUUUGUCGUGUCCCUCGCUGUGGUAUUGCUGGAAUAUUGCUAAAAGCGGCGUAACACUCUACCCACUCACUCACUCACUCAUCAUCCUCGAUUAUCCAGUGUAUUAUAUGUCUAGUCUGAUGCAAUAAAUAACCAGACCCAUUUACUAUCAGGGGCGGUGGGGUAGCCUAGUGGUUAAAGCGUUCGCUCGUCAGUAUCAUCGUACCCCGACGACAUCGAACGAUGUUCAUCACAUCAACCACUGGUUCGUCAGGCCCAAGACGUGGUGAUACGGCUCGAAUCUUGCCGACAACAAUGUGAGCAACAUUCAACCAUACGCUACCGUAGCUUCGUUAUGGAAGUGACGUCACUUCUCUGUCAUCCUCAUCAGUACACCCAACAGUAUUUCUCUUGCAUAUGAUUGGACAGUUAUUUUUAGCGUCAUGCGAAGGUGUGGUAGCGAAGGGUAUUUAUCAUCUUAGGUAAGGUAAAAUGGGGUUUAAGGCGCGUUCAACAUUAUUGCACUCAAAGAGCACGUGUGUGUGAGGCUGCUUGUCCUAGUCCGGACUAAUGUCGGUGUUAUACUGCUAGCCCACUGCGAUACCAUGCCGGACAUGGCAGGACAUGGAUACCACUCCGACACAAUGUACCUUUUUGGUUCUUUAAAACUUAUUUCCUUGUACGCGCACACAUGAAAAAGCAACCGCAUAGUCAGUAUCAACUUACUGACUCCGAGCCGAACAAUCCUUGUUUUAUCUCAUUAAUGUCGAGCGUCAGGCAGGGCAACAACAAGUGUCAUCUCUUAACGUUGAUUGGUGUAGCGCGGCCGGGGAUCGAACCACCGACCAUCCGCUGUCCGGGAGACGCUCUAUCCCCUAUACCACGGGUCGUUCAUUUAUCGUUAUGAUAGGGGGCACGGGUGGCC